AUGAAUAUAAAUGAUAUAAUUAAUCAAACACUUACUGACUUAACUAAUAAUGAUUACUCAAAUUUCGAUGAUUGUCUCACACUAAUAUCUCAAGCUAUUCAAUCGGCAAAUAAGGAGAGUGAAGAAUUGACAACAAUUGAUCAAAUCUUAUCAUAUACACCUGAAAAUAAUGUAUUACAAUUAAGAUUAUAUAGAGGACUUUUAUUGAUCAUAAGAAAUGCAGCUCCUAAUCUAAAUACGAUUUACUUUCCAAAAGUAAUUACAAGUUUUACAAAGUUUCAAAAGUUAGAUGAAAAUGAAUGGGUUGAUAAAAGUAUUCAAGUUUAUUGGGAAAUUUUAGCAAAUUUUAAAAGAAAUGAAUAUAUUGAAGAAAUUAAUGAACUUUUCAAUAAAACCAAAAUAUCUCCUACCCCGGUAGUUCAUUUUUUAUUUCGUCAAUUUUAUUCAGAAGAAUCAGAUACUACAAAUGAAAAUUUAUUAAAACUUUUAAAAAUAAGAGAUAAUCAUGUUUUAAAUACAAUUUUCAAUUUAUAUACAAAAAUUGGAGAUGAUCAUGAUUCCAAAAUGUUAAUACAUUUAAUUUAUGAUAUAAUUACUCAUGAAAGUUUUAAAAAAUGGAUAGAUUUACAAGAGGAUCAAAUAAAAUGGUUAGAACUUACUUCUGUAAUUCUUGAAACAAAUGAUGAUUGGGAUAAUUUUCAAUUAAUUGGAUUAUUAGCUUGGGUUGUUCCAAUAUUUUUAGAUCAUGCGGAUAAAGUUAAUGUGGAAACUAUUAAUGAUGAAAAUCUUGAGAAAUAUAUAUUAAACUCGCUACAUAUUUUAGCGGAAACAGCAAAAUUCAAAGCAGCUAUACAAUUUUUUGAUCAUGAACAAUUAUUAAAACCAUUAAUUUCACUUUUGAAAAUAACACAUGAGAAUGUUGAAAGAGUAACUAUGAAAUCGAAGGUAGAAGAACUUAUUCCUUAUUCAUCGGCAAAAUCAUACAUAAUAAUCAGUUUAUCUUAUAUGACGUACCAGUCAACAAAAAAUCAAAACCUAAUUCGAGAAUUAGGUGGAUUAGCAUUAAUUUUAUCAAAUUGUCAAAUUGAUGAAAACAAUCCAUUUAUAAAAGAACAAGCAAUACUUUGUGUAAAAUAUUUAUUAGAGAAUAAUUCUCAGAAUCAACAAUUUGUUGCAGAAUUAGAAGCUAAAAAAACCGUUGAUGAUUCGAUUUUACAAGAUGUUGGGUAUAAAGUUGAUAUAGUUGAUGGUAAAGUAGAAUUGAAGAAAAAAUAA